UAGUUUAUUGGACCAUUGCUCCUUCUAAUACAGGUAUAACUGAUUGUUAUAUAUCUUGCAGAUAAUAUCAAUCUUUCAGUCAAAACAGCAGGCUGCCAGUGUGGACGUGUAUUCACAGCGUGGUAUAAAUCAGUUAAUCAUCUCUGUCAACUGCACUGACUGGACAGUACAAUAGCUUCGGUUUCUGGAAGAAUCGAUCACUAUAUACAUAAACUUGUAACAAAUAAGGACCCAAGUUCGUCACAAUAAUAACAAUGCAAAGGUGGGUUGGUCGCGUUGCCCUAGUAACAGGGGCCUCUGUAGGUAUUGGUGCCAAACUAUCUGAGGAUCUGGUGAAGGCAGGUAUGACAGUAGUGGGGUGUGCAAGAAAUAUUGAGAAAAUCCAGAAAGCUUCAGAGGACCUGAAAUCUAGUAACGGGUCUUUGUACGCAAUCAAAUGUGACCUUACAAAGGAAGAUGAAAUCUUGGCCAUGUUUAAUGAAAUAAAGUUAAAGUUUGGAGGAGUAGAUGUCUGUAUCAACAAUGCAGGUCUCGCUCAUGCAGAAACUCUUUUGACUGGAUCGACAGAAAAAUGGAGAAAUAUGCUUGAGGUGAAUGUGAUAGGUUUAAGCGUCUGUACACGGGAAGCAGUACAGUCAAUGAGAGACAGGAAUGUUGAUGAUGGACACAUAAUUCAUGUAAACAGUAUGUCGGGGAAACGAAUAAUAACAAGUCCUGCGGGUCACUUCUAUUCGGCGUCUAAAUUUGCCGUCACUGCUUUAACAGAAGGCUUACGUCACGAACUAAGGGACCUAAAAUCGCAUAUCAGGGUGUCUAGCAUCAGUCCGGGUGUGGUGGAGACAGAGUUUGCAGAAAGAAUGACAAAUACAGAUAUGGCUGCAAAGCUCUAUGGCAGUAUGAAGUGUUUAGAGACUGCAGAUAUCUCAGCAGCUAUCAUUUAUGCUCUCUCAGCGCCACCUCACGUCCAGGUUCACGACAUACUUAUGCGUCCAACAGAGCAAGUGUCGUGAGGGUUACCUUAUCGUCGUUUCAGAGGAAAACAGGAUUUUUAGAACAUUCGGGGGUACAUCGAUUUAUUUGUAAAACAUUGGGAAAAUUCAGAUUGAUUGAUUGGGUCCAUUUAUCGAUCGACUUGCUCAACUUAAAAUUCCAUGCCUCGAAUAAUCCUUACAUAUCAUACAACAGUUACAAUGUCCUUAUAUUUGCUUUUUGCCAUUUUUCUGAAAAUAAAUUCAAUAUGAAAUAACUGUGUACAAUUUGUAUUUGAGUAGGGUCAUAUUAAGACUAGAGGUACCAUACUGUAGGAACUCUUCAGGAAAUAACAUAUUUUUUUAGAUAUUUCACACCACAUAUAAGUUGCAACUAAAAUUUAUUAAUUAUUCAUUUUUUGAAAUACAGGUUAAAAAUCAAAUUUGCGUCGUUUUUAAACUGCCAACAUUGUCUAUUCUAUGUUAUCCAUUUAUAUAGCCU